AUGAACGGCGGGGCUCAAGAGCCCCAUCAAAUCAUUCCUCAGGAUUAUCCGCCCUCUUACCCGCAAUCCUUCCAAACUCAGUUGCAGUCCUCCCGGCCUCCCUCUCAGCCUCCUCCACCGGGCAUUACAUCAUCUCAGCGCAUACAGCAACAUCAAUUCGUCAACCCAGCCACUCUCACAAACCAACCCGCACCACCCUACCAAGCCCCCGGCCAACCAAACUUCCAGUCUCAUCCUGCUUCACAACAACAUCCGAUACCCAACUAUAAUCCGGCCCACGUCUAUCCUAAACCCAACACAGUGCCUCAUCAACUAUCCCCUAAUCCACCAGGACCACCAAUGGGCCGACCCCCGCAACAUCACAUGGCUCAGCAUGUUAUGAACCCGCAAGCUAAUGUCAGAUCUCAGCGGAUGGUCCAUCAGCAGCAACUAAUACAUCAGCAGCGUCAGGACGAGCACAUGAUGACCUGCGACCCCCUGGAUUACUUCAUCACCCGGAACUCAGCCUUACGCCGAUACACCACCAACCACGUCCACAUGAACUCAGUAGUCGGCAAUCAUUGGACCGUCAACCAGCUACUUCGAGAAGAUCACAUACGGCUGGUUUCCAAAAGGAAAACGAUCGAUCCGUCUUCUUCCGAUUCAAUCCAACAGCGCAAGCAACGCCUAAGACAAAAGAUCAGCGAAAUCGAAAAAGAUAUUGCAACUUCUGAGAUAACCUUUCAAGCACAGCUCGACCGUAUCCAGUUAUCAUGA